GGGCUUGGCCCAACAAUACUAUUAUACAGCAUCAGAAAAAUAUGCACGGCACUGUGUUGUCUUGAAGAAUAAGUGAACAUCCAUUAGACGCCACACUUGUUUGUUUACUCCAUUGAAACUUAAUCUGUAGCUUUCUUCUCAAUUUAAUACACUUUCGUGCUUCAAAUGGCUUCAAUUACUUCAAUCUCUCCAUCCCAGCUCAAAUUCAACAAACCCCAAGUCAUUGCUCCCAAGAAUCUCCAGACCACUUUCUUUUCUCUCCCAAUUAAGAACCCUAGUCACAGUUCUUGGGGUUUUACCGGAAAGGCUCUGACUUUAAAGAAGAUGGUGAUUACUUCAGCAACAACUGCGGCUGAGAAGUCCAAGAAAAGGUACCCUGGUGAGGCUAAAGGGUUUGUUGAGGAGAUGAGAUUUGUGGCCAUGAAAUUGCAUACUAAAGAUCAGGCUAAGGAGGGGGAGAAGGAGCCUCAGGAGAAGCCUGUGGCUAAGUGGGAGCCUGCUGUGGAAGGGUAUUUAAAGUUCUUGGUGGAUAGUAAGCUGGUUUAUGAUACUCUUGAGGGUAUUGUUGAUAAGGCUGAUUUCCCUGAAUAUGCUGAAUUCAGAAACACAGGAUUGGAAAGGUCGGCAAGCCUGGCAAAAGAUUUGAAAUGGUUUGAGGAGCAAGGUCACACCAUUCCUGAACCAUCUACACCAGGGCUCCAAUAUGCACAAAAACUUGAAGAAUUAUCUAAGACAGACCCUCAAGCAUUUAUUUGCCACUUUUACAACAUCUACUUUGCCCACUCAGCUGGUGGUCGAAUGAUUGGAAGAAAGGUAGCUGAGAAAAUACUAAAUGGCAAAGAGUUGGAAUUCUACAAAUGGGAGAGUGAAUUGUCCCAAUUGUUGCAGAAUGUUAGGGAGAAGUUGAACAGAGUUGCUGAAAGCUGGACGAGGGAGGAGAAGAAUCAUUGUUUGGAAGAAACUGAAAAAUCAUUCAAGUACUCUGGGGAUAUUCUCCGUCUGAUCCUGUCGUAAUGGCCAAAAGUGCGCCAGUGGCACCUAUAAUUGUUCAAGUAUAAGCUGGACACUAUAAAUUGUUAUUGCUUCGUCAAGGUCUGAUACUGUUUCUUUUUAGUACAAUGCUUUGUGCAUAACUUGUACAUUCAUCUUUAUAAAAUGUAAUUAAUUUGAA